AUGCAAUUUGGAUUUUACCAUCCACUACAUGGCGUCGUGCUCCUUUCACCUUUGGAGCAAUUCGACGGCAACCGCUUUUACGACCCCGCCUAUGUUCGUUCAUACCGAGGCCGAAUGAUGCAGCUCAUCAAAGACUGUACGCCAGGCUUUGGUUUGCAGAUUCAUGAUAGCCCAGUGCACUGCCCGGAAAUAUCGAUACAGCGUGACCGUCUGAAAAUAUCUUAUCAAACGCAAAACGGCAUCCAAGUUCAGAGAGUGACCACCGUUUCUAAUAAUGGCGAGUUCCAACAAAAAACGGUCUUGUCUACCACGCUGCCAAAAGGCGUUUUAGUACCAGUUGUUUUGAGCUUGGAAAUGAGCUUGAACCGAGCGUCAUACGGCCAACUGACGGAAGGAGGUCCGAUUCCUCUUCCCAAAACAUCGAAUGUUUUCAGAUCCUGUGCAACAGGCAGCACUUUCUCUUUGUGCAAUCCUAAUCUGGAUGCAGGAAUUGAAGGCAUGUUUUGGACCAACUGCUCUAGUAUUACAAACCUCAUCUCUGAAAACACUGAGCAGACAUAUCCGCAGGGUCCUGUCAAAAAAAGAUAUCCCGCCAUGGUGAUGAUCAUGCCGGAUUUGCCGGUCACGUUUUAUCUAACCCUGCAUCCCAAUGUGCAAGGCCAUCCCUCUCGGCCUAAACAACACCUUUGGUCUUCCGAGCCGCCCUCCUUUCCGCUGUGGAAAUUGCAAGACCCCGCAGCAUUGAACAUCAUUCGUGGGAACCUUGAGUACAUUCUUGGAAACUGCAUGAUUCCGAUUUCUGAGCACAGCACAUGUGUAAUCACUGAUCAUGUUGCCCUUCCCUUAGGAUGGAACAGAGACAAUUACUGGCAAGUCCGUUUCCUUAUUGAAGCUUUCCAACGACUGGGCCAUGUUGUCGACCCAUGUACUGCCAAAAACUACAGGAGGGAGAUUAGCCACCAGGUUAAAAGCCACCUUAACUGGGUGUUUCAUGAUGCUCAACGACCGCAUAUAUUCUGGCAUAGAUCCUAUUUAGCCAAUGGAGUUCCUAAAGACGGUCCCAUUUUUCAAUUGGACCAGCAAUGCUAUCCCAUUCUCGAACUCUGCGACUUCUUUGAAUUUAUUCCAGAUUCGGAGACUUUCGUGCGAGGCAUCAUUGAAGAGAAUACAAUUUCCCCUAUUAUUGAGAUCCUACUUGCGAGAAGAGACCCUCAAUCCAAGCUGUUCCCUACCGAUGAGACACCCGGGGAUGAUCCAGUGGAAUUCCCGUUCCACUUCUCAAGCCAUGUCCUUGUGUGGUACAUGUUCAAACGGCUGUCGGAGCUCUUGAGAAUACUUGGUGAUUCUGGCACCCUCCAGUCUUCACGCAUGCAAGUGUUGGCCAAGGAGACGUUUGAUGCUACAAUCAGCCACUUUGUGGCCCAAAACCCGAAGACCAAGGAAAACAUGUUCGCCUAUCUUACCGACGGAACAGGGCAGCAUGUUUUUUAUCAUGAUGCUAACGACAUCCCCACGUUAUUUGCAAGAGAAUGGGGCUUCGCAAGUACUGGAGAGAUUUCCGGUGUCUGGCACCGCACGAUGCAAUUUGGCUUAUCCGUUGGAAAUGACGGGGGAUAUUAUGCGGAUGGCCCCUUCGGUGGGUUGGGCAGUGUGCAUACCCGGGGGCCAUGGCCAUUGGGAUAUUUCCAGGAGCUUGUAUUUGCAGAAAUGAUAGGUAACUAUGCUGCGAGGGAUAAUGCGUGGGGCAGGAUUCAGGGAACUAUGUUCUCCGACGGGCUUUUCUCCGAGGCAGUGGACAGUUAUACGGGGGAAUGUACAAGCAAAGCUUGGUUCAGCUGGCCCGGUAGUAUGAUCGGGGCCGCCCUCCUUCGGGAUCGUAUGCAAACAGUCUUGUCGCGAGAGAGAUAUUAA